GAUCGAUCUACGUAUCAAAUAUGCAUUUCAUUCGUCUUUCUGAGGCUAACCUUGAUGAGGUGUUGAAGUUCAUCCUCGAUGAUCUGGAAGCCAUUGAACCUCUAAUAGAGUCUCUAUCCAUUGGAAAAGAGGACUGCAGCGCGUUCUUCAGGAGCUUGUUGAACGAAGCGGUUCGCAGCCAAGUAUCGUACUUUGUCAAGGGAGAUGAUGGAAAGAUUGCUGGCGUGAGACUAAGCACAUUCCUCACUCGCGGAGAAAACGAUAGGGAGACUGAGUACACCCCUACACCCGAAUUAUCACAAAAUCUCGAACGUGCGCAAUGCCUUCUAUGGCAUCUAAACCGACAGUUCUGGCAAAAUAUGUCUCCCGAUAUCGAGAAGGUCUACUACCUCAUGGCCGUCAUUCUUGCACCACGUUUCCGUUACACUGAUCUGGCUGAUAAGCUUGUACACCAUAAUAUGGAUGAGUUGCGUACGAUGGGCGCACAAGGAUUGGUAGCAAAUGCUGGCAUUUUCCACAAUGACAAACUUCUCGAGAUGCUCGGCUUCCGCAUAAUGGCUGAAGCAAUAGACGGAGCUGUCAACAAUUCUAUCAGAAAAAAUUCUUUCGAGUACGAUGACAACACUCAGAAAACACAACUGGUCUACAAAGAAAUGUGGCGAGGCGAAGAACUUGGAACACGCAUUGUUAUCUGAGGCCAUUGUAACUCACCUUAUGCAAAAUAUACAGAUUUUUUCCACUGACUUUGAGCAUAGCAAUGGCCCAUAAAUAAGUUCAUUUGCUACAUUUGGGUAACUAAAAUUGUCAGCUUUUUUUUGAUAUUUUAGCCAUUUUGAAAAAUCAGCUUAUCCUUCCUUUUUCCAAUCACGCUUGUAUCAUUGCUACCUCUUUUUGUUGUUUUCAGCUGCAGUUCAAAAUAUGGCUGUUUUUUUCUUCUCAACUCUACCUUCGUAAAAUUUCGUGCGAUUUCAACAAGUUGCGGCUUGAGAUUCACAGGCAACUGAAAAUUACCUCACAUAAUUCAAAUUUUGGAUUAUUCAUCCGUCAUGUUUGUUUAUUCUUCUCCCUAUAAUUCAUUGCUAUGCUUCUCAGCAUUUCCGCAUGUAUAUAUUGUAUUUCGUCC